CUCGAGGCGGAGAGCGACACCCUCGACCUCGACCCGCUCCAGAACACCUACCCGGAGGAGUACGAGUCCGACUCCAACGUCACCGCCUACGAGGACGAGGAGGAGGAGGAGGGGUACACGCACGUCCCUGAGCUGCCCUUCAAGCUGCCCUUCAAGAUGGACAAGAAGCAGAUCGCCGUGGCCAUGAAGCUCCUGAAGGAGGCCGUGAAGCCCAUCCUGAAGAGCAAGGCCCUUCGCGAGGCCGUCGCCUACCUGGACGACUCCCUGAGCAGCUUCAACGGCGACAUCGAGACCCAGCUGUACCUCAGGCUCGUCCUCGACUCGGCGCAGGACAUCUACGAGGGCAAGGAGGCCGCGCAGAUCCACACGAUCCUGAAGGAGUAUAUCACCGACAUGAGUGAUGAGGAGACAGCUCGCAACCAUCGACGACGUCUUGGUUCGACUGUCACGUGUCUCCCGCCAGCUGGNCCACCCAGUGCGAUUGAAUGCAUCAAUCAGACUAGCUUGAACAAAGAAUUAUUCUCGUAA